UCUGCUCCUCUGCUAGCCACGUUAAAGAACUUCCCUAACCCUCCGUAGUCCUUCCACUUGUUUACCUCAUCCACCGUCGAUUCCUGAGGCCCGAAGUCUCCGCUGUUCAUUUUUCAGCAGACAUAUUUUUUUUUUUUUUGUGGUAGCCAUAAUUCACGUCCUUAAUUACGAGUUCCAUACAUAAACUCUCACACUUUUCCUCAUUCUAGAGAUCUGAAACCGGAAAACCUUUUUUUAACUCGACAACUCGGAUCGGGCAGCGUCUCAUCCAGGUGCGUAGGAUCUGGGCUGUAAGGAAGCACUCAAUUCAUCAUUUUAAGCUUUGCUUAGGGAACUUGGCAUGGGAGUUGUGACUGUUUCUAGCUCAGUUUCACGAACUCCGGUUGGAUUGGGCACGAAAUGCUCAGCUCAAAGGUCUACAUUGAAAAGACCCUUGAUUGUAGCAUUCAAAGCAGAUAAGUCCAAUACCACUGGAUUGGUUACAUCCCAGGAGCAAAUCCCUCUGCCCAUAGAAACAGGUAAGGAUCACCAAAAGAGACUAGGAAAAGCUAACAAAAAAUUGAGAAGAGUGAAAGCUGUGCUCACAGAUGAAGCUUCUCCGUGUGCCUUGGAAGUGGAUUACAAUGAAGCCGCCGCCAAGCUCGAAAAUUUAUACAAGCUCACUCCAGCAGCUGAUGCUUCUAAUGAGGAAAACGUAGAUGGCAUGGUGAGGAAAACACGGGGAAGGAGGAGAAAGAGAAAGAUUACUGAAGUUGAUGAAAAGCUGGCGGAGAAGAAAUUAGCCAGUGAUAAUGUGAUCAAGAACCAAACAGAUAAGGUUAAAAGAUUGAGUCUUGAUAAGAGGAUUGCAUUGAAAAAGAAUAAGCAAGACGAAGUGGUUGCGCCAAAACGAAAGAUAAAAGAUAGCAAGGAUGAAAGUGCGAAGAUUGAAAAGCUAGUGAGGGAGUACUCGGCUUCAACUGAUUUGGUUAGCUUGGACUGGAAAAAGAUGAAGAUACCUCCAGUUCUUCCUUCUUCAGAGCAUGCUUGGUUGUUCAAGCUGAUGCAACCCAUGAAGGCACUCCUUCAAGUGAAAGAGAACUUGCAAAAAGAUUUGGGGAAAGAACCAACAGAAGGUGAAUUAGCUGAAGCGACGGAUAUAAACGCAGUUCAAAUACGAAAACUCAUAGAGGUUGGCCGAGCGGCAAGAAGUAAGCUCAUUAAGCACAAUCUGCGGCUCAUUUUGUUUGUAAUCAACAAGUAUUUUCAAGAUUUCUCGAAUGGCCCAAAAUUCCAAGACCUUUGUCAGGCCGGAGUGAAAGGACUUAUUACAGCUGUUGAUCGUUUUGAACCAAAAAGGAAAUUCCGGCUCUCCACAUAUAGUCUUUUUUGGAUCAGGCAUGCCAUUAUACGCUCCAUGACACUCUCCAGCUUUACACGUGUUUCGUUUGGACUUGAAUCGGUUAGAGUUGAAAUUCAGCGAGCCAAACUUGAGUUGUUGUUUGAGCUUCAUAGAUUACCAACAGAGGAAGAGAUAAUAAAAAAAGUUGGGAUCUCCCCUGAGAGGUAUCGUGAAGUUAUGAGAGCCUCGAAACCUGUUGUUUCUCUCCAUUUAAGGCAUCCAAUCACACAAGAAGAGUACAUUAAUGGGAUCACUGAUGUUGAUGGUUGUGGAGGUGAUAACUGGAGGCAACAUGCUCUUCUCAGGCUUGCCCUUGACGAUGUGCUUGAUUCUCUGAAGCCGAAGGAGAGCUUGGUAAUAAGACAAAGAUUCGGACUUGAUGGUAAAGGAGAUAGAACAUUGGGAGAGAUUGCGGGAAACUUAAAUAUUUCGAGAGAAAUGGUUCGGAAGCAUGAAGUUAAGGCUCUCAUGAAGCUCAAGCACCCAGCUCGAGUGGAUUAUCUUCAACAACAUUUAGCAUAAGUGUGUAUAUAUAUAUAAAUAUAUUAAAUACCGUCUCGUACAUAACUCCUCCCUUGUAAUGGUAUCUGAUAACCAAAUCCGUCUGUAUACUAAUGAUCUGUAUUAUAGCGUUUUAAGUUUUAACAACCCAAAUAUUUCUUCCCAAAAAAUAGAAAAUAAAACAUUCCAUGUAACCGUGUUAUACGUGACAUUAAGUAUCUUUUUUUCUUUUA